UGAAACGGCACUAAGUAGAUUUAUAUAAUGUUUUGAGGCGCUCUCACACUGGAAAGAGUUGGGCAUUCCAUUAUCAUCCUUGCCAUUAUCCCUGAUACUUGCUAUGGGUCUGUUGAAGCGGACGGUAGAAGCGAUGGUGACUGUUCAUUUACAUUUCGCUUUCAUAAGAUAGGUCGUAUCAGCUGAUUCGGUCCACGGUUUUGCGUCGGUGACUGUUUGUACUAUACAUUUUCUACAUUCAGUUUCUUAUCCUAUCCCCAAAUUUUUCUUCGCUUAUAUACGCGGUACAAAAAUCUUUUUGUUUAGCAAGUUUUUGUAUCCCUAUUCCGCCUUUUCUAAAACAUUUCGGAUGCGUUCGCAGAAAGUUCGGCAACACGAGGCGCCAUGUGAAUGCAAUGACGAACACCAGAAGAAAUUUUUCCGAUAAUAAUAAUGAGCAACAAAAGCAUCGAUAACCCUUAAUGUAUAACUGUUUACUAUAAAACUCAACUGUACUUGGUUUUGGAUCUAUUGACAAAGGUCUGAUGCCAUGGGGCAAUUAUGGGGCUGCCAAACUAAUGCUAUUUAAUUAUUAAGUGUGCAUUCUGUGGUUACUUAAUUUAUUGAAGUAUAAAUAUUAUAUAUACGUUGUAUGGAUUUCUUUUUGUGAAUUAAAAUAAGGUACUUAUUAAUAUAUUUAUUAUCUUGUUUUCUAUUUAAAAUGUUAUAGUAUUUAUUAUAAAAUGUUUGGAGUUACUUAUUAUACAUCCGACAACUUUUUUCUUAAAGUAGCUAUAUCCGACACACUUUGGUAUGCAAUCCUUUCACCAUACCGACAUACAUAAUAAUUUUAGAUUCUUCAUUGGCUAUGUGUAAACAUGUACGAGAAACAUAUUGAUGAUGUAAUAGUAUCUCUCAUAUAAAUUUAUUAGAGUAGCGUUUUAUAUAUGAGCAAUUGUAAGCACAUAGCACCAUAUAGGACAAACUUUUAUGACACACAGGCGACUUUUAUAAAUUACAAUGUUUCUAUGUAAAAGUUUUUGCAAAUCUCAUAUAAUGCCCUAAAGUGUGGCAACUCUAACGUGAAUGUCGAACUCGGUUGGCGUGCAUUUAUUUAAUAACGGCUAUACGUUGUUGCUUGUUGCUUGUUUCUUAUUUUACAUAUUGUAUCCAUAGUUUGGAAGCACGUUUUGAAGGAUGGAAAAAUUAUCAGGUGCUGGUCGCUCCAGAGGUCGAGGGCGAGCGACAAAUCCUCAGCAACCUCGAGUUGAAAACCGGAACACACGGGGUGAGCAAAAUGCCGAUGCACCUAGGCCUUCAAGGAGGUUUACUCAAGCUCCAUCAACAUCUGCAUGGGGUCAGCCAAAUUCAGGAGUCGCUCGUGGUUCAGGUUUGCAACAGCAAAGUUGCAGUACUGCGCCCAUGCAGCAGCGCGCACCUGCACCAGUUAUGCAAGGAAGAGCCACUGCACACCGAGAAAUGGCAAUAGGAGAUGCGCCUAUUGUUAGAGAGGAUUCUCGGGGAGCAGUGCGGGGAAAGCGUAUAAUAACUGAAGUUGUAACUUCUCGUCCUCCCACUUGUGUUACGAAAACAGGUCAAACUGGGAGAAAGGUGGUUAUUCAGACAAACUAUUAUCGUAUUUUGAAGAAACCAAAGUGGUCUAUACAUCAAUAUCGCGUUGACUUUGCGCCAGACGUUGACAUGGUGCGCGUAAGACGUGCUUAUUUAGCACAUCAUAAAGAAAUAUUUGAAGGAUAUAUUUUUGAUGGAACUGUUUUAUUUUGUACAAAAUACCUAGAGAAACAGCAAUUAGAACUUUUAACGAAGAACCGAGAAGGUGAAACCAUUCAAAUAAAAAUGAAAUACGUUGGGCAGUUGGAAGUUACCGAUGCACAACAACUUCAAGUAUUAAACCUUAUUUUACGUCGCGCUAUGGAGGGUCUUAAAUUACAACUCGUUGGACGUAGCUUCUUCGAUCCAAAAGCAAAACAUUCUCUUAAUGCCUAUUGUCUUGAAUUAUGGCCUGGUUAUCAGACUUCCAUACGUCAACACGAGCAAGAUAUCUUGUUAUGUGCGGAAAUAGCGCAUAAAGUAAUGCGCACUGAUUCUGUGUAUAAGACUUUACAAGAAUGCCACAAUAAAUCGGAUCCACUUAACUCAUUUAAACAUGAAGUUAUCGGUGCUAUUGUCCUUACAGAUUACAAUAAUAAAACAUAUCGAGUGGAUGACGUCGACUUUGAGUCUUCUCCAAUGUCUAAAUUCAAAACAAAAGAUGGUGAUAUUUCCUAUAUGGAAUAUUACAAAAAGCGUUAUAAUCUUCAUAUAAAAGACGCAAAACAACCUCUAUUGGUAUCUCGACCAACAGAACGUAAUAUACGGGCUGGUCAAAAUGAGUUUAUAAUGUUGAUUCCAGAGUUGGCACGCUCAACUGGACUCACUAACGCCAUGAGAAGUAAUUUUAGUUUAAUGAGAGCAAUGAGUGAAUUUACUCGUUUGGCGCCUGAUAGACGUAUUGAACGUUUGAGAAUAUUCAACAAGCGUUUGAAUGAGACACCUGAGAGUGUUGGAGUUCUAAAUUCUUGGAGUAUGCAAUUAGAUAGAAAUCUCGUCGAAGUUCCAGGGCGUAUUUUGCCGCAGUGUCGAAUAGCCUUUGGUAACAAUGAACGAUAUGAUUGUAAUAGUACUGCUGAUUGGACAAAAGAACUUCGCAACAAAUCAAUGUACAAGAAUAUAGAUAUAACAAGAUGGUGCGUGAUAGCCCUUAAAAGAAAUUUAAGGGAAAUUCAAAAUUUCGUACAAAUGUGCAUAAGAGCAGCCAAUGGUAUGAAGAUGCGAAUUGCUGAACCCAUGUACCAACAAAUAUUAGACGAUCGUAAUGGCACUUAUUCACAGGCCAUUAAUACAUCUGUAGCCGGUGAUCCUCAAAUGUUAAUGGUAGUAUUGCCGGCUGCCAAUGAAGAAAAAUAUAGCUGUAUAAAAAAAAAAUGUUGCAUUGAUCGUCCAGUACCGUCUCAGGUUGUAACUCUUCGAACUAUUGCUCCUCGAGGUGACAGAGCUUCUGGGUUAAUGUCUAUCGCAACUAAAGUGGUAAUACAAAUGAAUGCCAAGCUUAUGGGGGCACCUUGGAUGACAGAAAUUCCAAUAAGUGGUUUAAUGACAGUUGGUUUUGAUGUCUGCCAUUCAGGCAAAGAAAAAAAUAAAUCAUAUGGAGCUUUGGUUGCAACAAUGGAUUUGAAGUCAAAACCCCAUUAUUUCUCCACAGUUUCACAACAUAUGAAAGGACAAGAGCUUUCGAAUGAUAUAUCCAUGAAAAUGACGUAUGCUCUAAAAGCAUAUCGACUUGAACACGGCAUGUUGCCAAAAAGAAUCCUGUUUUAUCGUGAUGGAGUGGGUGAUGGACAAUUGCCCCAGGUGUUUAACACUGAAGUUAAGUUUUUAAAAGAUAAAUUAGAUGAGAUUUACAAAAAUGCUGGAGAGCCGACACCUUGUCCCAUGGCUUUUAUAGUGGUUUCAAAACGCAUAAAUACACGUUAUUUUAUUACUGGCAGAAAUCCACCUCCAGGAACCGUGGUUGACGAUGUCAUUACUUUACCUGAACGAUAUGAUUUCUUUUUAGUUUCGCAGUCUGUGCGUCAAGGUACGGUGUCGCCUACGAGUUAUAAUGUCAUUUAUGACACUAUGGGUCUCGAUGCCGACAAAAUACAAAUGUUAACGUACAAAAUGACACACCUUUAUUAUAAUUGGAGCGGAACUUGUCGCGUACCUGCAGUAUGCCAAUAUGCGCACAAACUAGCAUUCCUAGUAGCUGAGAGCCUUAAUCGUUUACCGCACAACGCAUUGGAAAAGCAACUCUAUUUUUUAUGAAAAAUUUAUAUUUUUUUUUAUUUUAUCUAAUUGAAUAAUGUUUGAUUGACAACUUUUUAUAUACAUACGUUUAAUCCCAACACUUCAUUUGCAUACAUUUUAUGAAUAUAUAUUAAUACCUAUAUCAUUUUUAUUUUUGAAAUGCAUUAUUUUUUAUGUAUUCCGAAUAUGUACAUUUAAAACUUUUUUUUUGUACUUUUGGAACUAAAAGUACUUAUAUUGAUGUUUAUUAUUAUUAUUAAUGUUAAUAAAAAGUGGAUUAUUUUUUUACUGUGGA